CAGGACGACACUAACAGCCCAAGGAUUAUUUUUAUUGCAAAUUCUGAAGCUGAACAUGCUCCUUCAAAUUCUACAACUUUUACUGCUGUGUUCAGGUGCUGAUUGUUGUGGAAGUGGUCUGUUCAUUACAACUCCAAGUCCAGUUGAGGCUCUGAGUGGCUCCUGUUUGUGGAUCCCGUGCAGCUAUAAACCUAAACCUCCAUAUGACAUAAACACUACAAACCCUGUCACUGGGAUUUGGCUUAAACAUGAUACAAAUAUAAAUAACAAGUUUUCAAAGAGUGGAGACCCCAGUUUGUCUUAUCCCAUGAAUAUCACUGGGAACCUGAAAAACAAAAACUGCUCCACAAUGUUUUAUGAUUUAAGCAAAAUCCAUGAAGACAGGUAUUACUUCAAAAUAAACAACAGUGCUCUUAGAGCUAUAGAUGUUUGUGACCCUCUUCAAAUAACAGUCAGAGACUCUCCCUGGAGCCCCACAGUAAAAGUCUGUGGUGAACAGACAGAGUCAGAGGUGGUGACUAUAACCUGCUCAGCUCUCACUCCCUGUCCACACGCCCCUCCUCAGCUCACAUGGGACCUGCACCAAGACACCGCCCACAUCACAGAGACCAACACAGACGGGACAUUUACCACUAAAAUCACACAGAACAUCACUGUGACAGACGCCCACGAUGGACUCAUGAUAAAGUGUAAAGCAUCGUAUCCUGUGAGUGGAGGAUUCAAAACGUCCGACAGUAACGUCACUCUCAGUGUCUCAUAUGGUCCUAAAGACACGUCUGUUGGGGUCAGUCCGUCCGGUUCACUGUCAGCAGGUCAGUCAGUGACGCUGAGCUGCUCCAGCAGAGCCAAGCCUCCUGUCCAGCACUUCACCUGGUUCAGACACACUUCACAGGGACCAGUCAGUGUGAACCAGGGACACACGUACAGCUUCAACAUCACUGAAGAGGGACACUACUAUUGUGUGGCCUCAAACACACUUGGAAAUGGAUCAUCUCCAGACAUUACACUGAGUAUAACUAUUACAUCAUCUCUGUGGCAUUACAUCAUACAUAUAGUGACUCAUUUACACUUGUUCUUCCUCUGCACUCACCUCCUCCUCUUCCUCCCUCAGAGCUGGCAUGGUGCUGAUGGACAGCGUUACAAACAGCACGGACAAACAGGCGAAGAUCUUCCCAGGCAGUCCCGAAUGUGGCCGCUCCACCAUGUCCCUCAGCUGACCCAUGCACCUGUUCACCCUCGUCUCCUUGGGACCAUCUCUGCUUCUGUAUCCAACAUCUCCUCCUCUGCCCUCUCCAACGCCUCUAAUUCCUCCAGUCGCUGCACCAAUCUCCGCCUACAACACCAUUCUAAGUUAUCUUCAGGAACACCCCAGCACAGCAGCUCCUCUCUGAAUGAAAGCGCACACAUGUGUCGGACCGCGCGUAAUUUCCCUGCCCGGCAGGAUGGUUCUGAAGGCACACGGACUGCGGUCGAAGAAGAACUCAUUAUGGGCGACAUCGUAGUUGUCGCAGAUUUGCAUGAUGUCAUCGAAGCUGCUGCAGAGGCGACGCUGGCCCAGGCGAGACAGAGGGAAGUCCUCCAGGCAGAGAGCAGAAGGAGACUGCACCUGUACCUGUGCAGAGCUGAGGAGCCCGUCUGGCCCUGCUGUAGGACACGCCCUCCUGAGGCUCGAGCUCGUGGAGAGGGGGAGGAUGAAUGUUUUCUCCAAAUGUUUUUCCUCUUCCCAGACUCUCCCUGGAGCCCCACAGUAAAAGUCUGUGGUGAACAGACAGAGUCAGAGGUGGUGACUAUAACCUGCUCAGCUCUCACUCCCUGUCCACACGCCCCUCCUCAGCUCACAUGGGACCUGCACCAAGACACCGCCCACAUCACAGAGACCAACACAGACGGGACAUUUACCACUAAAAUCACACAGAACAUCACUGUGACAGACGCCCACGAUGGACUCAUGAUAAAGUGUAAAGCAUCGUAUCCUGUGAGUGGAGCGUCCGACAGUAACGUCACUCUCAGUGUCUCAUAUGGUCCUAAAGACACGUCUGUUGGGGUCAGUCCGUCCGGUUCACUGUCAGCAGGUCAGUCAGUGACGCUGAGCUGCUCCAGCAGAGCCAAGCCUCCUGUCCAGCACUUCACCUGGUUCAGACACACUUCACAGGGACCAGUCAGUGUGAACCAGGGACACACGUACAGCUUCAACAUCACUGAAGAGGGACACUACUAUUGUGUGGCCUCAAACACACUUGGAAAUGGAUCAUCUCCAGACAUUAUACUGAAGCCUGUACCUGUCGUGACUUGGAUUGGUCCGUACAACACAGUGAAGCUCUGUGUGGUUCUACUGCUCUACAGCUCCCUGCUCAUUUUUGAAUGCUGGUUUAGAGCAACUUACCCCAAGAAACAGGAACAGAAACCAGAGGCAGCAGCAACUGUCAACUGUGCCGCUGUAAAUCAAUCUUAAAACCCUGUGUGUGUUUACUUGUUUAUGUUGUGUUUUAUUUAUCAU